UGCAUAUCUUUUCUUUUUCAGAUCAGCCAAGUCCUGGGUAAUGAAAUGAAAUUUGCUAUGCGAGAGCCUCUGGGACUCAGGUUGUGGCAGGCAGUGUCAGCCAUCAUGUUCAGUGUUGUGGCCAUCAUGGCGCUAAUCUUCCCCGACCGGCUGUAUGACACAGUGUUUGAUGACGGUGGUUCAGGCAGCAAGAUAUCUGUGAGACUGUACGGAGGAGCCCUGCUCAGCCUGUCCCUCAUCAUGUGGAACGCGCUGUACACGGCGGAGAAGGUUGUGAUCCGCUGGACGCUGCUGACGGAAGCCUGUUACUUCGCUGUGCAGCUGAUAGUUACGAGCAUCACGCUGUUUGAAGUGGGAGCGCUGGCCUGGGGAGCGUCACUACUUCUGUUCAGCAGGGGUCUCUUCAUCAUCAUCAGCGUCUAUUACUAUUACCAAGUGGGCCUCAAGCCGAAGAAGGUGUGAGGAGCCUGGUGCGACUGACCGACGGACCACUGGCCAUGCGAACUCUGAACCCCGCGUCAGGGGUUUAUUUUGUAAUUUCUGCAUCAUGUUCUGUUUCUCUCGCUUGGAUUUGUGCCUUUCUAGUACAGUACUAUUGUAUUCAGAAACUGUGUGUGCUCUGCGCGCUCGAGAGUGUGUGAGAGUGUAAAGAUCUGUGUGUGUGUGUGUGUGUGUGUGUGUGUGUGAGAGAGAGAGAGUGAAGGAGAGAGAUCUGUCUGUGUGUGUAUGUGAGAGAGAGUGAAGGAGAGAGAGAGUAAAGAUCUAUCUGUGUGUGUGAGAGAGAAUGUAAAGAUCUGUCUGUGUGUGUGUGAGAGAGAGAGAGAGAGAAUUUAAAGAUCAGUCUGUGUGUGUGAGAGAGAGAGAGAGAGAGUGUGUAUAAAGAUCUAUCUGUGUGUGUGUGUGCGAGAGAGAGAGAGUGAAGGAGAGAGAUCUGUGUGUGUGUGUGUGUGUGUGUGUGUGUGAGAGAGAGAGAGAGAGAGAGAGAGAGAUAUCUGGCUGUGUGUCUAUGUGCAUUUGUAUGUGCGCCUGUGUCUUUGUAAGUCCAUUUAAGUGUGCCUGUGUGUGUUUUUGACUGUAAAUGUGUCAUUCUAUCCAUAUGUGUGACUGUAAUUGUGUGUAAUUCCAUGUGUUUGUGGGUGUGCACACACACGCCUGGAAAUGUGUGUACGGCCAUAUAAGUGUUGUGUGUAUUUGCAAGUGUGUGUGUAUUUAUAUGUGAGCCUUCAUUCUGAAUGUUUGUGAAUGCGUGCUUGUGUUUGGUGUGUGUGUGUGUGUGUGUGUGUGUGUGUGUGUGUGUGUGAAACACUGUAACCCAGUUGUGACCCGGACUUCUGAGUGGAAAUGUCCCAGUGCAACGGCUUUGAAACUCUGCCGCCCGGGUUCCCUGUCAUCAUCGAACAUGACAACGGACAACCACCGUCGUGUAUCAUGUCUGUAUGUUUGUGUGUUCCUCUCUCCCUCUCUGACUUUUUGAAUCAAUGAAUGCGUGUGCAUGCGUGUGCUUGUGCGUGUGCGUGUGUGUGUGUGUGUGUGUGUGUGUGUGUGUCAGUGUGUGUGUGUGUGUGUGUGUGUGUGCAUGUGUGUUCUACCCAGUGUAAGUGCAGCAGUAGUUCGACAAUGUUGACUUCUUUACCUCAACAAUGAUCAAUAAAUCUGUGAUGUGA